AAAAAAAAAUAUGGCUUAUUGUCUGCGCAGAUUUACCCACACUUCUCCUUCUUACUAUCUCUGCCGCAUUUCCUAGCAUGACUUCAAAGAGGGAGAAAGCUGCACAAAUCCAGGAGGGAGAAGCAAAAGAAACUGAGAAAAACUGAGGAGAAAAAAAAAGAGAGAGAAGAAGGGACGAGAGAGAAGAUUGGGGAAAGGAUGCACCCAUUUGAUGUCACAAGCUGAACACUAGCAGACAAAGAAAACUGUUCUGAAACCAUCCAAUCUGAUUUCUUUCUCCCACCUUGGACUUAUCCAUGUGAUGAUAAAAGGAACAUGGCCACUGAAAAUUUUGCGGAAAUCCUGAUCAGACUCAAGGAAACACACGAGAAAGAAGUCCAAGGCCUGCAAACCAAACUGAAUGAGCUAACCAAUGAGAAAUGCCGGGACAACCAGAGAAUUGAAGAGCUCUUUACCAAAAACCACCAAUUGCGUGAACAACAAAAGGGACUUAAAGAAAAUGUGAAAGUCCUGGAAAACAGGUUGCGAGCUGGACUCUGUGACAGAUGCCAAGUGACCCAAGAACUUGCAAAGAAGAAGCAACAUGAGUUUAUGAAGGCCCAUUUUCAAAGUCUUCAACACAUCUUCAUCCUAACUAAUGAACUGAAUAAGCUGAGAGAGGAAAACAAGAGCCUGAAGGAAGAUUUGAAGAGGUUAUGUGGCCCAGACAACAGGGACAGGCCAAAAACUUUCAAAGGGCAGCCCAGAGAAGAAAACUUCGUCCCAGGCGUCUCUUUGUCUAUCCUCUCCAGCCGAAGCAGGAAACCGAGCGUUGGGAAAAACACGAGCCCAGAAACUGAAGACGAGUGUCCCGAGCCGCUGGAAGGAGAUGAGUCUCCUGAACACAGACUUUCUCCAGAAAGCAGGAUCUCCCCUAAUAUCCUUCUCCAGGGAGACCAUGCUCUGGAUAUGAGCUCUCAGAAGAGGGUCAACCAAUUGCAGGGAACCGUUGAGCUGAAGAGAACAGGAUCCCGAACCUCCUCACAAGAAAGAGAUUACCCAGAAAGUGACUCCCCACCCCUUACAAGCAAAACACCACCAUCUCCUCACUGUGAUCAAAGUCCCAGCUUUGAAGCAUUUUUAAGAGCCAACAGAUUGGAUUGCCGUGCCUCCACCUCGCCUUGCGAGAACCUGAGGUUCACCACCAAAAAGGAACAGCUCUACCUCUUCAACCAAAGUUUAGCCCUGCAUCAUCUUGGCCUCCGGAAUAACUCGACCAACAAAGAGGGUGAUUUCCCUCACCACCUGUUGCUGGCUAAGGAUGUCGGCGGUCGACUGAAGCCCCACGAGGAGUGGGAAGACCGAGCUACCAUCUUGGAACUCCCUGGCGCUGUGUUGUACAUGAAGGACCGUCAUCUGGAAAACAGGCUCCAGCUUCUUAACAGCUCGGAGAAACUCCGUUGCUUGUUGAUGGAGCAGGAAGGGAAAGGAAGAAGCGAGGACGGCUCGGAUCAAUCUUGGAGUCAGGUCCCUUCGCUAUCCCCAAGCGGGAAGAAGGAAAAACACUCUCCAGAAGACUCAGCGGACGAUACACUAGAGCAGCUGUUCCAGGUCAAUAGAGAAAACCCAGACCAAGGGGAGAAAGCCACAUCGGUGCAGGACAAUGCCACGGAAGCACCUCUGGAUUUAUCGGAUUAUGGAAGGGGAAAAGAAAGUGGCACCAACUGGCACCAUCAGUCUUCAGUGAAACAUGAAAGGCAAAGUCCAGGCAGAAAUGAGAACGAGGACACUGUUGUUCAGAAAACCUGUUUGUCCAGCUGGCUUGGGACCACCCAGAAGCACCAUUACGGGAACCAACAACUGGAAUCAUUCACGGCCAGAACCAGGGAAAAUAUAGCAGUUUCUCCGGUAUCUUUGCCACGAGAACCUCCUAUGUCUAAGACAUCUUCCCACGAUUCCACUGCUGACACAGAAGUCAAUAUGUCUUUUCAAGUGGAGAAUCAAGACCCUGAGAGGCCAGAUAACGGCAAUUCUGACUCAAUAAGGAAUGACUCUGAUGGGACUGUCGCAUCUGAGAGUGAGAUGGUUGAUCCUCAUGAAGACAAAGCCCUCGCAGGAGGUUCGGUAAAAGAAGACUACUGCGACGUAACUGAAAAAACUCAGAAUUUGCAGAAGAAACGGAAGAGGGGACAUGAUACAUCAAUAAAAGCCCACAAGAAACCAGUUCAAGGAGGAGAAAGUGAUGCAGCCACCCACCUCCUGCCUGGCCCAAAAGACACGAAGGAAACAGCAAACCACAGUCCUGCUUUCAGACCUGAGGAGCACAAGGAGACAUAGCUGAAAACCAUUCUCACUUGGACCUGCUCGGUAGCCUAAGCCACAGUUAAACUUUCCUGGUGUUUAUCAGGAAUCCUACAACAGACAAAUAAUAAUAAUUCUUGGUAUUUUAGUUGCUCAGGUUAAACAGACUUCCAGGUUGCACAAACUUACAUACGUAAUUUGUCGGGUAUUGUAACUGCAAUUGUGAGACAUGAGACAUCCCAGAUAGAACAAGCAUGUAGAAGAAUUUAAAAAUCACUUCGCUGAUUAUACUGGUGAUAAGGGUACUGUCAGGGUUCCGACGGAUGCCCUAAUCAAUUCAUGAGCCUUGAGCCAAGUUUCAAAGAAAUCCAAUUAUUUAUUAGGAGCAACACAUCGCCACUUUUCCCAAGUGCAGUCGGCUCUGCCCUAUGUAAUUUAUGGCCCACCAAUGACCCUGUUUCCCUCCUCCUCCUCCCAGGGUGUGUUACAAAUCACAUUCUCCAACAGAGCACUUUCCCGGGCUAGAGAAAACGCACCUCUCCGACUGGCUCUGGUAACCUGGGAUACAAUCUGGAGCAAGGGAUGCGUGGGAUGUGCUUCUGGCCAUAGCAACCGAACUGCUCCAUCCGAUCUCUCCGCACACCCUCCUUCUUAUGGCAACUCGAGAGCAAGCCAGGAAUGCUUUACCAGUUGACAAGUACAGGUAGUCCUCGACUUACGACCAGAGUUGAGCCCCAAAUUUCUGUUGCUGACAUUUGUUAAGUGAG